AAAAAAAAGGGGAAAAAGGAAAGGAAGAGAAAAAAGGAACAUUCUCCAGAUGGAUAUAUAAAUAAGAAGCGGAACAGCGGACACCAGAUCUGCUCUAUCUGAGUUUGUAGAGAGAGAAAGAAAGAGAUCUGAGAGGGUCAUGGAUGAGAAGCUCAUUCAGAGAUUGGAGUCCGCGGUGACGCGGCUCGAGGUGGUCACCGCCGGAUUCCGAGGAGGUGGUUCGCCGGAGACUGGCGCCGAGGCGGCGCUCGAUCCGGCGAUCGUGGCAUUCGAUGAUCUGAUGGCGGAGUUUGUCGCUAGGGUUUCGGCUGCUGCGGGGAAGAUUGGAGGGAAGGUUUUGGAGGUGACGAAGAUUCUGGGGGAGGCGUUCUCGGUUCAAAAGGAGCUGCUUGUGAAGGUCAAGCAGAGUCAGAAACCUGACCCUGCCGGCAUGGCUGAAUUUCUCAAGCCAUUGCAUGAAGUAAUCAUGAAAGCAAAUGCAUUGACAGAAGGGAGGCGAUCUGAUUUCUUUAACCACUUGAAAACUGCUGCCGACAGUCUCACUGCUUUAGCUUGGAUUGCAUACACUGGGAAAGAUUGCGGUAUGAGCCUUCCUAUCGCACAUGUGGAAGAGAGUUGGCAAAUGGCUGAAUUCUACAACAACAAGAUUCUUGUAGAGUACAAAACAAAAGACCCAAAUCAUGUGGAAUGGGCCAAAGCUCUGAAAGAACUUUAUGUGCCGGGUUUGAGAGAUUAUGUUAAGCGUUUCUAUCCUCUGGGUCCAGUAUGGAAUCCUACUGGCAAAACAACUGCUUCCGCUCCACCAAAAGCUCCUGGACCAAGUGCUCCUGCUCCUCCACCUCCUCCACCAGCAUCUCUCUUCAGUUCUGAACCUUCUCAGGCUUCAUCGUCACGCCCAAAGGAAGGAAUGGCAGCUGUUUUCCAAGAAAUCAAUUCGGGGAAGCCUGCGACUUCAGGUUUGAGAAAGGUUACAGAUGAUAUGAAGACAAAGAACCGUGCAGAUAGAAGUGGCGUUGUUGGUGCUGGUCAAAAAGAAGGCCGUGUCAGUUCACCUUCUUUUUCUAAAGCAGGGCCUCCAAAGUUAGAGCUUCAAAUGGGCCGAAAGUGGGUAGUUGAGAACCAAAUUGGAAGGAAGAAUCUGGUUAUUGAUGAUUGCGAUGCAAAACAGUCUGUGUAUGUUUAUGGAUGCAAAGAUUCUGUGUUGAAGAUUCAAGGGAAAGUUAACAAUAUAACGAUUGACAAAUGCACUAAGAUGGGAAUUGUAUUCGCGGAUGUUGUUGCUGCUUGUGAGGUUGUAAAUUGCAAUAGUGUUGAGGUGCAAUGUCAGGGUUCAGCUCCGACAAUUUCAGUGGACAACACAGCAGGCUGUCAAUUGUAUUUAGGCAAAGAUGCUCUGGAGGCUUCUAUAACAACUGCUAAGUCAAGUGAGAUUAAUGUAUUGGUACCUGGUGCUGAGCCUGAUGGUGAUUGGGGGGAGCAUGCUUUGCCACAGCAAUAUAUUCAUGUCUUCAAGGAUGGGCAGUUUGUUACAACCCCCGUCUCUCACUCUGGAGGGUAAUUGAACAUUCAUUUGUCUUAACUGCAGCAGCUGAGUUCCUACUUUUUCUUCCAUUUAUUAGCUUGGAAGUUCAAGAAGUGGCUUCUAUUUUUUAUUUUCCCGGAGCUUCGAUUAUAGUUGGUAUGCAGUCACGGUUUGCUGGUUAUGUUAUUGGUCAUUCUUUUGGUUCAUACAUAUAACUGUUGUAAUUUUCUGCAUGUUUUUGGCAGAGUGUUUCUAAAUGAGUGUUUUCUUGUGAGGUUUCUGCUGUUGGGUUUGUGCCGGUAUUUACUAUUAAUAACUUCUGUAAUGCCCUGCUUUUUAAUACAAUUUUGUAAUUUUUCCCCCCUUGUGAAA